AUGCGACUUCUUUACUUCAACAGUUCCAAGAGGCUGGCCUCAACGGAUUUCAGCGGGAAAACAGUUCCGCCUUAUGCUAUUCUGUCACACACCUGGGAUGGUGACGAAUUUCUCUUUGAAGACCUGGUGAAUGAUACUGGUAAAACCAAGGCUGGCUAUGAAAAGAUUCAGUUCUGUGGUGAACAAGCGGCUCGUGACAAUCUACAGUACUUCUGGGUCGACACAUGUUGUAUUGACAAAUGGAACAUUUGUGAGCUUUCAAACGCGAUCAAUUCUAUGUUUCUAUGGUAUAGAAAUGCUGCAAAAUGCUACGUAUACCUCUCGGAUGUCUCGAUACCAGUGACAGAGGCACCGCGAGGCUGGACGCUGCGGAAACGAAUCACUUCGGUAACAGUCAGGGUACCAAGACACCAGAGUACAUGGGAAGCAUCUUUUCGAAAGAGCAGAUGGUUUACUCGAGGCUGGACGCUUCAAGAGCUCAUCGCUCCCGCAUCAGUCGAGUUCUUCUCUUUAGAGCGUCGGCGACUAGGUGAUAAAGAAACCCUCGAGCAGCAGAUACACGAGAUUACUCGCAUUCCAGUCGAAGCACUACGGGGUGGUCCACUCGAGGAUUUCAGUGUACAAGAUCGAAGGGCAUGGAUGGUGGGCCGCCAGACAACGCAAGAAGAAGAUCUGGCGUACUCUUUGAUUGGAAUUUUCAGCGUGUCGAUGGAUUUUAGAUAUGGCGAAGGAAAGGAGAGAGCAUUGAGCCGACUUCAAGAGGAGAUGGAAAAAGGUACGCCCUAUACAAUACUAAACUAUAGCGCCACAGUCAACACUACACCAUUCAUUGUACCAUUCGACCGAAACACUCGAUUCGUUGGUCGCGAAUCGCAACUCGCCGAGCUGGAAGGAAAGCUCUUCGUUGGAGCGUUACCUACGAAAGUCGCAAUCACAGGUCCGGGCGGCAUAGGCAAAACACAGCUGGUGCUCGAGUUGACGUACAGAAUAAGAGAAAGAUUCAAGAACUGCUCAGUCUUCUGGAUACCUGCAAGCAAUAUAGAGAGCCUUCAUCAAGCGUAUGCGUAUAUUGCUCAACGGCUUAAUAUUCCAGGCUGGGAUGAUGAAAAGGCAGAUGUCAAGGAGCUGGUUCAACUAUACUUGAGCAAAGAGAGCGUAGGGCAGUGGCUACUCGUGUUCGACAUCACGGAUGACGCUAUACUAGAAACUACUGGGUUGUCCCAGGCAGUUAGCUUGAUCAAGUAUCUACCGGUGUCCAACCAGGGUGCCAUCGUCUUCACGACAACUGACAGAAAGACGGCUGUGGCGCUGGCAUUACAAAAUAUUGUGGAGUUGCCAGAGAUGGAACAGGACAUAGCUCAAAGGAUGCUGGAAAUGUGUUUGAUCAGCCCGACGAACGAGCCAGAGGUAGCGGAUCUCUUACUCAAAGAGCUCGCGUACCUCCCUCUGGCUAUUGUGCAAGCAGCGGCCUAUAUCAACAUUAACAAGAUAACGCUUAGAAAAUAUCUAUUACUACUGGCUGAGCAAAAGGAGGAAGUCGUUGAUCAUAUCAGUAAAGAGUCUGAGAACGUUAUAGCUUCGACUUGGCUUAUUUCGUUCGAGCAGAUGCGUCGCCAGGAUACGCUGGCAGCUCAUGAUCUCCUCUUUAUGGCCUGUGUAGAUCCAACGGACAUUCCGCUAGCUCUUCUGCCGAUGACCUCGCCGUGUGAAAAGGGAAUAGACGCGAUAGGAACCCUCGACGCCUACUCAUUUGUCACCAAACGCACGGCGCAAUCAGCACUCGACAUCCAUCGACUGGUGCAUCUCUCGACACGCAACUGGCUUAAAAAGCAGGAAUCGCUAAGCGAAUGGAAUCAAGUUGCUAUUACACGUCUGCUUGAAGUGUUCCCGGAUGAUAAUCAUGGGAAUAGAAGCAAGUGGAGACGAUUACUACCGCAUGCUAAGUUUGCUCUUUCAUUUGGGCUUCCUGGACAGGAGAAUGAGGCUAGGAUGAACCUGGCAUGUAAGCAUGCUGUGGCCUUAUUUAGUGACGGGCGGUUCAGACGCUGGAAGGAGGCCGAAGACUUGGUGAUACAAGUAAUGGAGACGAGAAAGAGGGUGUUAGGUGCGGAGCAUCCUUCCACUCUAACUAGUAUGGCCAACUUGGCUUCAAUAUUUUGGAAUCAGGGACGCUGGAAGGAGGCCGAAGACUUGGAUAUGCAAGUAGUGAAGACGAGCAAAAGGGUAUUAGGUGCAGAGCAUCCUUCUACGCUAAUUAGCAUAGCCAACUUGGCUUCGACAUACCGGAAUCAAGGGCGCUGGAAGGAGGCUAAAGACUUAGAGGUACAAGUAAUGGAGACGAGAAAAAGGGUGUUAGGUGCAGAGCAUCCUUCCACGCUAAUUAGUAUGGCCAACUUGGCUUUAAUAUACCAGAAUCAAGGAUGCUGGAAGGAGGCUAAGGAACUGCAAGCGAUAAAUCUAGAGAUAUUCUCGAGGGUGCUCGGCAAGGAGCAUCCUUCCACGCUGACUAGCAUGGCUAACUUGGCUUUAAUAUACCGGAAUCAGGGAUAUUGGAAGGAGGCUGAGGAACUGGAAGCGACAGAACUAGAGAUAUGCUCAAGGGUGCUCGGCAAGGAGCAUCCUUCUACGCUGACCGGUAUGAAUAAUCUUGCCUUUACAUGGAAAGGACGUGGCCGAGAUGCAGAUGCUCUUGAGCUAAUGAAGCAAUGCGCAGAGGCACGGGCCAGGGUCUUAGGGGCUAAUCAUCCCUAUACCCUGUCUUCCUAUACGGCAUUACUUGAAUGGCAGAAAGAGGAAUUGGAGAUUAGUGCCUAA